CGCCUGCGCACUCAACGUCAUUCAAGGAAGUGGAUAGAAGAGGCAACUGAAGCGACAGAGGAGAGUAGGUUGUUUAUUCCCCGUUCAGAUUCAGGUUAAAACUUUCUUCAGCCUGUUCACAAUGUCGGGAUUUGAUAACAACCCGUUCGCAGAGCCUGCUAACGAGAACCCUUUCAAUGAUCCUUCUGUCACACAAGUGACCAACUCUGCCACUGAACCAGUUGACCAGUACAGCCCUUUCGGUGCCCAUUCCACAGAAGGCCUAGCUACAGGUACCACCCCAGCCUCCACCUCCCCCUACCAGCCUGCUGUAUUACAGCCAUCUACAGAGCCCAGUCCACAGGCGACUGCUGCUGUGGCUCAGGCCAACCUGCUGAGGCAGCAGGAGGAGCUGGAGAGAAAAGCUGCUGAGCUGGACCGCAGAGAGCAGGAGCUUCAGAGCAGAGGCGCAACAGGUAAAGAGAACAACUGGCCUCCACUUCCUAAAAUGUGCCCCAUCAAACCAUGUUUCUAUCAGGACUUCUCUGAGGAAAUUCCCCUCGAGUACCAGAGAGUCUGCAAGAUGAUGUAUUAUCUCUGGAUGUUCAACUGUAUGACACUGUUCCUCAACCUGCUGGCAUGUCUGGCUUACUUCACCACUAGUACAGAAUUUGGUGUGGACUUUGGUCUCUCUAUUCUCGGUGAAUAUGGUGUGGACUUUGGUCUCUCUAUUCUCUGGCUCAUUCUGUUUGCUCCCUGCUCCUUCCUCUGUUGGUACCGGCCCGUCUACAAGGCCUUCAAGACUGACAGUUCCUUCAGCUUCUUCUUCUUCUUCUUUGUGUUUUUCUGCCAAGUGGUGAUCUUCGUCAUCCAGUCUGUAGGCAUCCCCAAAUGGGGGAACAGUGGUUGGAUCACUGCCAUCGAGGUCAUCUCUGUCAACAAGGCAGUGGGAGCCAUCAUGAUGAUAGUGGCCAUCCUCUUCACCAUCUGCGCUGUGCUGUCCAUCAUCCUGCUCAAGAUGGUUCACAGCAUGUACCGCCGGACUGGGGCUAGUUUCCAGAAGGCCCAACAGGAAUUCUCACAUGGCGUCUUCACCAGUAAAACCUUCCAAACAGCUGCCACUGGUGCAGCAUCCUCCGCUGCCCAGGGAUCCUUCCAAAGAAACAAUUAAGAGUAGAGUGAGUUAAGCUAAGCUCCAUUUAACAGGCCAGGGUCUAUAUGUUAUCAGGUCAAGAUGAUAAAUGCUGAAUCCAUGAGGAGGUUUAAGUUCACUGAGACCUAAACCAAAAGUAACAGUGACUCCUCCUGGAAGUUAUUGGUACUCUGGGACCCGGUGGCUGCUAAAUUAUAAUCUAACCUUAUAAUAUAUAAACCUUGAGCUAGGUUAGGCUACAUUAUUAGCCUCCCUCCUUUUGCCCUCACCAUCAGUGCACAUAUAUCUCCCCUUGUUAACUUUUGAGAGGGAAGGCCCACACCAAGUGCACUUCGAGGUGGAAAGCAUGAAUGAACUUGACUGAUUGCUGGCUUUGUAUAUUUUGUGCGCACUUUUUGGCAAUGCUCUUCACAGUGUGUGUGUGUGUGUGUGUGUGUGUGUGUGU